AUGGAGUCUACUAUGGCCAAUGUAGACCUUGGUCGAUACCGGAAAAUCGUACAGAUGUUUUGGGACCCGGAACCAUCAAACGACCCGCUCCUGGACCAACCAGUAUGGUGCCUCGGACAAACAUACAAGCUUCACAGAGGCCACCAAGAAUGGUCAGGUAACGGAGAGCAACCCAGCAGCAGUGUUGGCGAGUAUGCAGCCACUGCAGCGUCGACAGUACCGGAACAGAGCAAGACCAUAAACAUGCCCCCGAACAACGCGCCGGACACGCCACCGGCAUCGACCGGCGGCAGCUUCUCGUACAGCGGUCAAAGCGAAAUGGACCGCGAGAACGGCUGGCCCCAAAACUUCGUUGCAGAUUUCGAGUCCAGAUUCUGGAUGACGUACAGGAGCGAAUUUAAACCCAUACCCAGGUCAACGGACCCCAAAGCCGCGUCAUCGAUGUCACUCCCCAUGCGAAUCAAAUACCAGCUCGGCGACCAAGGAGGUUUUUCGUCCGACAGCGGAUGGGGUUGCAUGAUACGAUCAGGACAGAGUUUACUAGCGAAUGCCAUUGGCAUGGUUCGCCUAGGCCGAGACUGGCGCCGGGGUCAGCGCAAAGCGGAAGAGAUAGAGAUACUUCGAAUGUUUGCAGAUGACCCAGCUGCACCGUACGCCAUCCACAACUUCGUCAAUCACGGCUCUUCUAGAUGUGGCAAAUACCCUGGAGAGUGGUUCGGGCCAUCAGCCACGUCACAAUGCAUAAAAGCCCUAGCCAAUACUCACGAGACGAAUAUGCGAGUUUAUACGACCGGAGACAGCCCAGAUGUAUACGAGGAUAGCUUCAUGGCUACGGCGAAAUCCGGUGAUGGAGUUUUCAAACCCACCGUAAUUUUGAUCAGCACGCGGCUCGGCAUCGACAAAAUUACACCAGUAUAUUGGGAAGCUUUGAUAUCGGCGCUGCAAAUGCCACAAUCCCUCGGUAUCGCAGGUGGUCGUCCCUCGUCAUCUCAUUAUUUUGUAGGCUCACAGGGAAAUUUCCUGUUCUACCUUGACCCACACCAUACAAGGGUGGCAUUGCCAUACAAAGAGAACAUAAGAGACUAUACCGCAGAGGAGGUAGACAGCUGUCAUACGUCUAGGCUGCGACGGCUACACGUCCAGGAGAUGGACCCCAGCAUGCUGAUUGGGUUCAUAAUAAGGAGCGAAAAAGAGUGGGAGGAAUGGCGACGCGGCAUUAAAUACGUACAAGGGAAAGCUAUCAUCCACGUUGCAGGCUCCGACCCACGACUUCAAAAUAAGCCGGAAGGACGAGAGGGCGCAAUAGACGAAGUCGAAAUACUUAGUGACGAUGAUACAGGGGAUGAAGUUUAG